UCUCCGUUAGGACGCUACUAUAUUAAUAAUGUCCUCUUGAUUUGAGAAGUUGUCGAGAUACAGGCGUUGCUGAACCUCCCGCUAUUGCGCGUCACCGGAUCGAUGGACUCGGAACUGGUGCUUACCGGCUAUGGUAUGUGUUGGCUGCCUUCGUUAUUGCUUCAGUAAGCGAAUGCGUUGCUGGGGGACGUCGGCAAGUGGCAGAGAUCCAGACUCUGCGGUCUGGUUCAUAACUGCUGAAGACUACACAGUGCACACUUGGAGGCGUGGGCAGAGCCCGGCCAAGCCAGCGAGAUAAGAUGGGGUCUAGAAUUCCUGACACAAUCGAUAAUUGAUCAAGUAUCUGAAUAGCUAAGAUUCGUUUUAUGUGUAUAUUACCAUUGACCAGAACCUGUAAGAAACAAUAUGUAUGCACCCGUCCAACAACUGCCAGGAAAAGCAGCUCUCACUCCGGCUCUAUAAGCUCACUUAUGGCCCUACAUUGCGCAGGUGCUUUCGUCCUUCCUCUACGCCAAUAUUACGCGAAAUGGCAUUGCGCAGCGGCAUGACAGCGUCGUCAUUAUCCAUUACUUUUAUCCGUUUGACAACGAACGUUUGCUUUGUUGCAACGGUGCGUUUGAGAAUUGCACACGGAAAAGGCGAAUUUUGCCAAGCUAAUCAGCGCAAUUCUCGCUUUGCUGCGCGGUAAUCUUUUCCAUAAAAUGGCUUCGUUGGUCGACAAUUCCACUCUUGGAAGCAUCAGCCGCCGGAUCGGAACGGGGUCAACGCUAUACUUUAGAGGUACAUACACAUACAUGCAAGCGUUACUGAAGCCGCCUUCAAUAAAAACAGUUGUACUACUUGC